UUUGAAGCUCUCAUCUUUUCCUCCAAUGGCUUCCAUAAACUUCAACCCAUUCGAAGGCUGGUUCCGCAAACCCCCAAACCCACUCCCGCCCAUCAACCUCCUCUCCCUCGCCGACUCCUUCUCCCCCAAAACCCCCUCCCCCCCAUUCUCCUCCCUCAGCCUCUCCAACCCCUUCAAAUCCCCCAAAAAACCCGAUCCAAAAUCCGACCCCGAACCCGACAAACCCGGGCACUACACCCAAAUGCUCGAGCACUUCUUCUGGGAAUGCGAAAACCUCCCCGACUACCGCCACACCCCCGAAGUCGACAACAUCCUUAACUCCGACCCGAUCUUCGAGAAGAAAGAAAACCCGACAGAACAAGAGAUUAAAGACAACGACAAGUUCUGGGAGGAGUUCCGGGCCAGCCCGGUGGUCCAGUUCCUGACCCGAGCCGAGGAAGUUGCCGAUAAGAUCAAUGAGAUGGAGCUCAAGGAAAACGACACGCCGUACAGGAGGGAGGACAGGAAGCUGUGGCAGGCGGUGCCGCAUGUUAUUGGGCCGGACGGGAGGCCCAUGCCGAGGAAGGCUAUUAAGACCAAGAAGGAGUCGGAUGACAAGUUCUGGGAUUUUGCCAGGCAGUUCUUUUUCGGGCUCUGGGGGUUCCAGCAGCGGCCGUACCCGCCUGGCCGGCCCAUUGAUGUCGCUCAGGCUAUUGGCUACAAGAAGCUGGAGAAGAGAUACUAUGAUUUUGCUAUGAGGAGUGGUGGAUGGUUCUAUAAGGACCGGUUGGGUAGAACUAGAGGUCCGUUGGAGCUUAUAACACUCAAAACGGCUUGGGGUGCUGGGAUUAUUGAUAAGCACACAUUCAUUUGGGGUGAGGAUAUGGAUGAGUUUGCUCCAAUUCACAUGGUUUAUGGGUUGGAACGUGCCAUCGCCACCUGGGAAGUUAGACUUGGUGCUGCUGCAACUGCUUUUAUUCACAAACUACAAAAAGGGAUUCCUCCUUGGGUUCCACUAAAAGGAUUUGAGAAUAAAACCUAUAAGCAAUUACAAGAAGAGGCUGUAGAAAGCAAGAGACGUGACUUAGCAGUACUUGAAGCUAAUGAUGGUGUUUGGCCUGGUGUUAGGACUCCUAGUCAUGCAUUAUUUCUUUGGGCCAGUGGCUCUGAACUAACAUCAAUUUUGGAACAGGAUCACAUGCCGAACAAAUACAUCCCUAAAGAUCUUAGGCUCGAGCUGUCUAGAAUCAUCCCUGGUUUAAGGCCAUGGGAGGUUCUGAGUGUGGAACAAGCGAUGGAUCAGGUAACCUAUGGGGGAGAGUGGUAUCGCGAACCUCUUGGUACAUACACGACUGGCCCUCCAUACAUUCAAGCGUGGAAUAUGGAUGUCAAGAGGCUGUAUAGGAUCUAUUCCAAUUUGUGCACCCGAGUCUACCAGAAAAUGGAAAGAUCAAUUCCUGGUUUUGAUAAAGUAAUGGAGAAGGUUGAAGCUGAUGCUAUGGCAAGAGAUCAGAGACGGAAGGCCAAACGAGCGGCGGAGAAGGAAGCCGAGCUGGAAAAGGCCCUUGGUGGUCGACUUGGUCCCCAAGAUGACGCUUGAUCAUAUUUCUCAUACAUUAAAUGGUAAUAUCCCAAAAUCCCAUUUGAGAUUAUAAAGCGGCCUUGUGAGUGCAUGGAAGAAUGGUGAGGCUAGAUACGAACGAAGAAUUUUUUUUCCCUUUCACUAGGAACGAUUGUAACUGUUAAAUCCAUAUCAACCUCCCUUCAAGUUUCAAUUUGUAUGAACUAUCAGUACCAUGGCAAAUAGUUGAUCCUUUGGUUAA